AUGACAGAAGAAAUUCCAAAUUCAUUAAAGAAUGCACUUGUUAAACAACAAGAUAGAUUAUAUUUACUUCAUUUAGAGAAAGAUUUAAUUAACUUUAUAAAGACUAAUAUACAUCCACAACAAGAUAAUCCAACAACUCCACCACCUCAAUAUACAAUACAAGCACAAUAUUUAAAGAAUUCUUAUUAUAGAUUAUUAAGUCAUCAAUUAUGUCAAUAUUAUAAUUUACAACAUUGGAAUAAUACAUCAAAUGAAAUAAUAGUAACACCAACUAAUAAUUACAAUUAUAAAGAACUUAUAUCGAAAAUAGAUGCUUCGGAAUUUACUAAAAUAUAUGAUAUUUCUCAACAAUAUGCUCAACAACAACAACAACAAUCGACAGAACCAAAUGAACAACAACCACCGAUUCCAAUUAAACCAAAACUUAUUGUCAAAAAAAUAAUAAAACCAAGUACUCCAGAUAGUGAGUUAAGUGAAGGUACUAAAGAUUUAGAUGUUUCAAAAAUCAUUUCUGAUGAUACAGCUGCGAGUACUCCAACUUCUGAUCAUUUCUCAGAUGCUUCUUCAAAUAUUGAAUCUCAACGUGCUUCAAAAGAAGCUCUUUAUAUGAAAUUACGAGAAGAAAUCUUUCAAAACAAUGAAGAUGAAGAUGAUGAAGAAGAGGAAGAUGACGACGAAGAAGAUGAUAUUCAACAACCAGAAUAUUUCCAUCAUAAUAGAGAUUAUCAAAAUACUUAUAAUAAUUCAAGAUAUCCUCAAAGUUAUGCCUAUAAUACAUCCCCAUAUAACCCUGCAAUUCCAAUGCAAGUUCCAAUUCAUCUAACCCCUCAAGGAGUCAUGCCACCACAAUUCCAACCCAUGUAUCCCCCAAACACCGCAUCACAACAACAACAAGUGCCACCGCGAUCUCCAGGGGCGACUACCACAGGGACAGGAGCCCCUAUGAUCUACCCUCCCUAUUACACUCCCCCAACCAUGAUCCCCACAGGAACUCCAACAUAUCCAUAUCCUUCUCCAAUGUAUAUGCCCCCUCCUCCUCCACAUCAUCAACAACAACCAAAGUAUGAUAAAGAGACUGAACGAAGAUUAUUGAAUAAUCCAUAUAUUAUACUACCUGAUGAUACCAAAUCAGGUAAAUCACAACAACAACCGCAACAUAAGAGUAAUAAAAGACAAUUUCAAAACAAUACUAAUAGAGGAAAUUAUCAACAACAACAGAAUUAUGGUGGGAAUAAUAGAUAUAGAAGUGAGAAUGCCAAUGGAAAUGGACAACAACAACAAUAA